AUGCAGGCGUUGAUGAAAGACGAGCCGAGUGGUAACAUUGGCACUCAUUCACAGCGAAUGGUACCGGAUGCCAGUGGCUCACAAGUAGUGCAUUCUGCAUCAGCUUUGAAAAAGAUACGAUUUGAUGAUGAUGAUGAUGAUGCUGAUGAAAUAGGAAAAUAUCGUAGUCGUCUUCAACAACAUAUGGCCGGUUUAGAGCAGGCAUACUUCAGUAGGCGUUUAAAUAACACAGAAUCUAGGAGUAUCACGGACGACUCAUUGGGUUUCUCUUGCGAUACGCUUGAUGAUUUUUCACAAGUAUUACAUGGUAUGUCGCAAUAUGGUAGUUUUCGACGCUUGGCAUCCUUAAAUUAUAAUGUAGCAGAUGCAACAGCUGCAUUAUCUAUUGUCUCAAGCAUUGAGUUCGAUAAGGAUGGUGAAUUUUUCAUCUUGGCAGGAGUUGCUAAACGUAUAAAAGUAUAUGAAUUCCAAUCAGUUAUUGAAAACACGGAUACUUUGCACUACCCUGUUACGCAGCUUCAAUGUACGUCUAAAAUCAGUAAUGUUUCAUGGAAUCCAUAUUGUAAAAGCACUCUUGCAAGCAGUGAUUACGAUGGAACAGUACAACUUUGGGAUACCUCACUUGCAAGAUCAAUUAGACGUUAUCAGGUAAAACUUUGGUCAAUUGGAGUAGAUCGUUCAGUGGCGACAAUCGAUGCUAAAGUCAAUGUAUGUUGCGUUUGUUUCAGUCCAACGCAGCGAAACUAUCUUGUUUUUGGCUCUGCUGAUCACUGCAUUCACUUGUACGAUAUUCGGAGACCGCUAGAACCAGUUAAUGUUUUUCGUGGUCAUCGAAAAGCAGUAUCGUACGUCAAGUAUUGUAGUGAAAAUGAAGUCGUCUCGGCGUCUACCGAUAGUAAUCUCCGAUUGUGGGAUGUGAGUAGCGGAAAAUGUAUACGUACAAUGAAAGGUCACCAAAAUGAAAGAAAUUUUGUGGGUCUAGCAACUGAUGGUAAUCACAUUGUAUGUGGAUCGGAAAAUAAUCAUCUCUAUCUGUAUCAUAAGGGUUUAUGCGAUCCGUUAAUGUGCUAUGAUUUUGGUCGUGCGGAUAAUACUCGUUCUGCUCUUCUGGCAACUGAUUCUUCUUCUGAUUUUGUAUCUGCAGUUAGUUGGAAAAGGAAUUCGAAUAUUGUUGUGGCAGCGAAUAGUCAAGGAACAACGCAUGUAUUUGAACUUAUUUAG